AUGAGAACUAAAUAUUUUUGUUUACUAGUGUUCAUUCUCUUGGUUUCUAAUGAAGUUGUUGCCAAGAAACACUCUUCAACACCUAAGUUAAAAAGAAGUGAUUUCCCAAAAGAUUUCAUUUUUGGAGCUGCAACGUCUUCUUACCAAGUCGAAGGAGGUGCUCACGAAGAUGGUAGAGGACCAAGCAUUUGGGAUACGUUCUCCGAACAAUAUCCAGAGAAGAUUAAAGAUGGUAGCAAUGGAUCUAUUGCUGAUGAUUCUUACCAUCUUUACAAAGAAGAUGUGGGUUUAUUACAUCAAAUUGGCUUCAAUGCCUAUAGAUUCUCUAUCUCAUGGUCGAGGAUCUUGCCACGUGGGAAUCUAAAAGGAGGGAUUAACAAAGCUGGUAUUGACUAUUACAACAACUUGAUCAAUGAGCUUUUGUCCAAAGGAAUUAAGCCUUUCGCCACCAUUUUCCAUUGGGAUACACCACAAGCACUUGAAGAUGCUUACGGAGGAUUCAGAGGCGCGGAGAUUGUGGAAGAUUUUCGUGACUAUGCGGAUAUUUGCUUCAAGAAUUUUGGAGAUCGAGUGAAGCAUUGGAUGACAUUAAACGAACCAUUAACAGUGGUGCAACAAGGAUACGUUGCGGGAGUGAUGGCUCCAGGAAGAUGCUCAAAAUUCACAAACCCUAAUUGCACCGCCGGAAAUGGAGCAACCGAGCCUUAUAUCGUUGGUCACAACCUCAUCUUAGCUCACGGAGAAGCAGUCAAAGUAUAUAGAAACAAAUAUAAGACGUCUCAAAAAGGCAAAGUUGGUAUCGCUUUAAACGCGGGUUGGAACUUACCUUAUACAGAAUCAGCUGAGGACAGGUUAGCCGCGGCACGAGCCAUGGCCUUCACUUUCGACUAUUUCAUGGAGCCACUUGUGACUGGUAAAUACCCGGUUGAUAUGGUUAACAACGUAAAAGACGAUCGCUUACCUACAUUUACCACAAAGCAAUCUAAAAUGCUCAAAGGAUCAUAUGAUUUCAUUGGCAUCAACUACUACUCAUCUUCAUAUGCAAAAGAUGUUCCUUGCUCAAGCGAAAACGUUACACUAUUCACUGAUCCUUGUGCUAGCGUCACAGGUGAAAGAGAAGGAGUCCCGAUAGGUCCAAAGGCCGCAUCGGAUUGGCUAUUGAUAUAUCCUAAGGGGAUUCGUGACCUCCUCCUCUAUGCAAAAUACAAGUUUAAGGAUCCUAUCAUGUACAUAACCGAGAACGGGAGAGAUGAAGCUAGUACCGGUAAAGUUUUACUUAAAGAUGGUGAGAGGAUCGAUUACUAUGCUCGACAUCUCAAGAUGGUUCAAGAUGCUAUCUCGAUUGGAGCCAAUGUGAAGGGUUUUUUUGCAUGGUCGUUGUUAGAUAACUAUGAAUGGGCAACGGGGUACACAGUUCGGUUUGGAUUGGUUUACGUGGAUUUUGACGAUGGACGUAAGAGAUAUCUCAAGAAAUCUGCAAAAUGGUUUAAGAGAUUGUUGACUGAGAAGAUAAAAGAUUGA